AUGAUAUCCCGCUGUGUUAUCACUUUGUUUUCUUAUCAUUUGUUAUUCUUAAGGUUUCUCUUUCUGUUAAGACCGAGAUCAAAGGAUGUAAAUCUGUUCAAAAAGGGACCAAAAGAAUAUAAUACUCCAUUCUUGCUAAAUCUUCUAUUCCAGAGAGCAUGUCUUAAACGACCGGAACUUGAUUUCUGUGGUCCGUCCACUCCAGCAGAGCCCGUUGCUCGAUCUGUGGUCCCACUAGUGCUCCCACCAAUGCCAGCGACUCUUCCAAUCACAACCACCACCACCACCACGACCACAACGACCACGGAAACUCCAAAAUCUUCAACCUCCGCGGCUGAUAUACUAGACGAAGCUGUUGAUUUUGAAAACGCCACUACACCAUUGGAAUCUGAAAAGUUGGGAAGUUUGGUGAAACUUCCGAAGCCUGGAAAGUCGAGUACAGAGAGCGUCGUGGAUCAAGUCAUUGAGCAUAGCGGGCUCUCAACUUCGGACGCCCCUCCGAGCAACUCCACUGUACCAGCUCUCAAGAUCGAAGACGAGAAAGGAGUGCUAGUUUUUGUGAGCGAGUACUGUGUUGUGGAACGAGAACGAUUCGUCCGUGGAUGCCAUGGAGAAAUUAAUAAAUCGGAGGAAGAAUUCUGCAAAACGUACGUUUCUGCAUGUGCUUCAACCACCGGUGUACUGCCUGUUAUGACUUAUUGUGCUAGGUACUACACGUACUACCCAACACACUGCAAAGCUCAAUUGGUUGAACCAAAAGCCUUACAGUUCUGUUUCGCAUUUGAGCAGUUUUGCUUACCGGAGAAAGCAGCGGCUGGAGAUGGGAAGUCUUCUUCCUCUCAAAAGCCGAAAUCAAAUUUAAGACGAUGUGAAGACGUUCUUCCGGAAGCCCGAAAGGUGUGCAAUCCAUUCCCAGACCCGAAGGACACCUUCAACCUGCUGAGGUGCACUCACUUCUUCACAACUUGUAAAAAAUAUGUGGAUUGGUUGUAG